GCUCUCCAGCCUAUGGUAGAGCUUUAACUCGGUCUUGGGACUCCGAGAGCGAGCCGCAGUCUAGCGCGAGACGUCGUGGAAGCAGCAUCGUGUUCUGUGCGUUGUAAUCUCGUUUCACAAUCCUCUACCACCGAUUCGUUUGACAAUACUGAAUUCACAUCACACACAAACACCGAGCGAACCCACUCGAACGUUUUCCCAAAGUCACCCAACGCUUUUCAAAUUUUCCAACGGAUAACCGAAAACGCGUAAAAGGACCACGGGGUAGAUUUGCGCGGGAAUUGACUGGAAACCGGGUCGCGUUGCAGGCGCAUCUGUCCAGCAUUUGUUCCUUCGGUUCGCAAGGACCGGUAGAAACGGUUGUCAGAGCACGGUCCCCUCGGGGAAGGAACGGCCGUGCAGCGAGGCGGCAGGAUUUCUUCGAAUCCCCCUUUCGUACGGACUGAGACGCAUACCGCAAUAAGUCGACGAAUACAUACUUUGGUCAUUGUUUUCCUCGCGUUACCCUUUCUCGGUGCGAUUAAUUGUUCCGUUACGUAGCGAGCGGGAGAGAGAAAGAAAGCAAGCGGCAGCAGGUCGAGCGAGUCGUUCAGUGUGCUGUAUAGUGUAUCGACGAAAGUUUCGGUCGGCGUUCACGGUCAACCUGUUAGUCAUGUGGGCACGGUAAAAACCGCACGGCAGGAACUCUGGAAGAGCAGUUUCUCGGGAAUGGUAUAAUAAUGACGUAGCGUGGAACCUGCUCUCUGAUUACGGGCAAGGAUACUUACGUACCUACACGAUGCUCUGACGGACGGACGGGUCUUCUCUCGUCCCUUCGAUCCUUUGUUGUGGCUGGUGGCGAUGUUUGCUCGCUGGUUCCGCGAACGGUGCAACAUGACCGCGUUCUACGCGAAAACGCGUCCUUCGAACGGCUCUACGAACGAUACGCUGUGAAAUUUGUUUUCUUUCGGACUCGCGUGAAAGGAAUUCGCCCAAUCGCCAACACAGGAACACCGCUCCCCCCGCCAUGUGGUUGUCUCGGACUGUUUCACCAGGGUGGCACGCUAAGAAGAUGGACAUGGGCUUGCGGCUGAUGAAAAGAAUCCUGCUGAUGGGAUUCGUCCUGGCCAUCAUGCCCGACGCGAUUGCUCUUGGAUCCGCCGGAUCCACUCUGGUCAUGUACCAGGACCUUCCUUCCAGGACCUGCAGAUACAGCAAGGAGUAUUCGAUGCUGCAGGUGCGAUGCGUGAACCUUAGCCUGGCGGAAGUGCCGGCCAAUCUGAAGACUGACAUUCAGAUCCUGGACUUAUCAGUGAACAGAAUUCGAGGACUGACCAAUCAGAGUCUGGCCCCGUACACCAACCUCGCGUACGUCUACUUGGGCGACAAUUUCAUCCGGUCGAUCCAGGAGGGCGCGUUCAACAACCUUCGUUACCUGGAGGUGUUGGACCUGACGCAAAACGGCUGCGACAACCUGCCGAAGAGCCUGUUCCAGCUACCCCACCUGCGCAAGAUGUACCUCGGCGUGAACACGCUGCAAGACGACAUGUUCACGCACAUGGAGGUUCUGUCCCCGUUGAACUUCCUGCAGCUGUCGGGCAACAGGCUCUGUCGGAUCCCGAAGUUAGGCUCCGUCCCCACCAUGAUGCAUCUGAACGUCUCCUACAAUUCCAUCAUGUCGGUCACGCCCGAAGACCUGGCGCCGUUCUGCUAUCUGAAGGUGCUCGACCUGUCCAGGAACCCGAUCAAGUUCAACGCGACCGCGUGCCAAUGCCAGACGCUGAACUCCUGGCUGAAACUGCACGAGAUCCGCGUGCUGCCCGAGCUGAAUUGCACCGAGGAGGUGAAGAAGGGAUGCACGCCCACGACGGUGUUCAGCAACAGGACCAACGAGCUGUUCGACCGAUGCGCGGAGAUCAUGCGGCUGAAGAUCCAGACGGAGAGGGUCAGGAACACUUGGAUACUGAUCGCCUGCUGCAUCGGUGGCUUCCUGCUUUGCCUGUUCGUCGGCCUGUUCUGCAUUCACAAGCGGAACAAACGCAGGAAGAAGAAGCUGAAGGAGCAGCAGAGGCUGAACGCGAACAACGCGAACACCGAGCUGUUGAACAGCAAUUUGAAUCAGCCGGAGAACACCUGAACGCUGUCGGGUUCUACAGAGGCCAUUGAGAAUCGUCAGGUGCAGAGCGGGCCCCUUUCAAGCGAGCUUGUUUCCAAUGAACUUUUCCGGAAGACAUCUUGAUGCAUUUACGAGGAAGAGGAAAAGGAAGAGAAAGAGAGAGAGAGGAGGGAAUGAGGAAACGAGUAGUUGGAGAAAAUAAAGUUGAUGUUAUUCUUCGGAUUAUAUUGAAAAUGACUAUCGCAGCCGCGGAUUACGAUUAUGGGCCAGCUUCAGCGGCGAUUUCACGGAUUCAGCCGUCGGCCCUCCUCUUAAGCAGCUCUUCUCGGUGUUCGAUACUCGUUUCAACAGCGUCACUCGCGAUCCUCGGAUUCUUCGAAAUCGUUACUCGGAGAUUGUACUGUAAUUCGAUUCGAUCGUACGGAACCGUUGCGCGCCGUUCGGUCAGUCCCGAGCGUCUCCGCGUGCCCAUAAUGCUCGUUCCGACUUCGAUUCGUACAACGCGCCGUUGCGAAAAUCACGUUCGCGAAACCCGACGGAUCUUUAAUUGCAAUUACACGCGAGUUUACCGCCGGGGAAAUUGUAACACGCCGCGUUUAAUUGCAAUUAGACUCGUCAGAUCGGCGCGCGUAUUAGCGUCGCCGCUCACCGCGCGCGAGCGACACUCGGCCGAGUUUUUUGCUCGCCGCGAAACCGGAAACGACAAAUGAGAUUCGACCGAACCCGCGGAUCCGCGCGUGCAUUUCGAUCCAAUCCAAUUUUCUCGUCGCGUAGCGAAACGGGGUUUCAUAUUCCAACUUUUUACAUUAACGGAACCGUGUUUGUAGAUAUAUACUCUUCUAUGUGUAUGUAUGUAUACGUAUAUACCCAUAUGUAUGUAUUAUUAUAUCGUAUUUAUUUGUAUUUAACGACAGAGAGAGUUCUAUAUAUUAUAUAUAUAUAUAUAUAUCACUUGGUUGCGUUCGGUGGGAACGAAUCUAUAUGUUCGUCGGUUACCGAGACCAAGUGGAUGUUUUUACCGGGGCAGCGAAUCGACUGUAACGCCCUAAUAUUUUUCCUUUUUCACUCUCUUCUCUCCAAGGGUGCCAAAUGCGAUUAGUUUAUUUAAAAGCUACGUUUCACGACGAGGUUCUAUGAAUUUUCGUUGAACGCCUGCGCGCCAUACGAAGAAAUCGACACUGGAAACCCAGGUGAAAUUGAUGUGACCUUUUGGACGGUUCUUCGAGCAUCCUUCGGUGCGCCACCGAUCGUUGUCACUUUACCGUUCGCUGGAACGGUACGGUUCUUCGACUAAAUAUUAAUGAAUUUUCGACUUAUACACGAACAUUCCGGAUAUUGUCUGUCGUUUGCCAUUUUCGAAGUAUUACGUAGGCGAGUUCAAACUCGAAGCUUUGUGUCCGAGAUGCGGAGGCAAACGUUGCAUUGGCAGAAUAAAGAUUCUUCGUAUGCGAGUAUGCGCGACAUGUACUUAAAAACUGUGUUCUAACACUUCUCUCUAAUUAAUUUUCCUAUCUUAGCAUUUACUACAUAUGAAAACGGACCUAUAUAUGUUGUACAAAUGAUGUUACCGAAAGUUUGAUGGAUUCCAUGAAAUAAAUCUUAAAUCUAGUCGGUGCUUGUUUCACUUAACACCUGAAACCAUUUUAUUACAACAGACGCGUGUGAUAUAGUA